AUGGUCUGGGUGAACGGACGUGUAGAUCGACUUGUUCAAGCUUUGAAAACCUUGAAAUCAAAAGGUAGAAAGAAAAAUCGAGGCCUCAUUCGCUCUAUUAUGUUUCUCAAGAAGAAUGAUUGCUCGAUCGAGUGGGAAGUGCGAAGCAGUGUCUGUUGGAUACUCAGAACGAAGCAGCUACCUCUGUUGCAUCAUCACGUGCAUGAACUUUUGAAGUGUCUCGAUCCAGCCAGUUUGCAUCUAGAUACUAACCAGCGGUUCCAAAAAGGUCUUGAAAUUCUCUCCGAAAUCGAUAACUGCAUGGAUCAGAUAAGCGUAUCCAUUGGCUCGGUUUGGGACUUGCCAAGACCGGUGGAUUCCCAAGAAAACGUAGAGGCCUUGACACCGUUCAGGCGCCAUCGUCUAGUGCAUAAUUCUGAAGGGAUACUAGGUCUUGUAUCCGAUGUACUUGGGCGCUUCGAAGACUUCAUUUCUCAUUUCUUUGUCUCAGACGAUUCAACAUUAAGAACUCCAAGUACCAACAAUUCCUUGGUACGUCUAGCCGUUCAAGAUAUGAAGGUCGCAAACACUCUCAUCGAAUCACUCGGGCAAUCAGAUUUCGUCGUAUUCCUCCGUCAAUGGAGCUUCACGGAAAGGAAGAGAAAUCUGGAUUGUCCCUUGACCAGUCUUAUCAUACUUCGCAACUCUUCCCAAAUCAAAGGCAAUCCUGAAAAAUCGCUCGUCAGGAAACAAAUCGAAGGCUUGGUUGCACUUCACAAAUUACAUCGAGUUCUCGUGUUGAAGAUUUGCAGAUUCCCAAACAUAAAACCUGGGUUGAUCCCGGAAACGAGCUUUCUGGAGCUAGAAGGCUUGCGAGUUACUACCAGCACACUGGAAUAUGAGUUGGAGCAGAUCAUGCAAUAUCUCGGUCACACGCGACGGCCUGAUUUUGUAAAACUUACUCUUGCGAUGGACGACUUGGAAGCCGCGUUCAAGCGGGUUAAGGGCUUGUUAAAUCAAGCCUUUGCAUCCCCAAAUUACAACUUCGACCGAGAAACUUAUCAAUAUUCUGAGCAAUGGAUUCAACUUUGGAUUUCUCAAUUCAACAUUGCGGCCAACAACUUCUUUUGGAUCUCGAAUGCUUACAUCACCGAGAAACUUUCGAGCAUUUAUUACUGA